UAACAUACCAUGAGGUUUUAUCUAAAAUGUAUGGUUUUCAGCUCGUUUUCACCACACAUUUAAUACUUAAUUUUAACGGCCUUGUGUUCAUAGCGCAUUGGCUUUAUAGCAAAGUAGCAUUUCAUUUAAACACAACCCAAGAGCACAGUAGGUGUACAUAUGACUUAACUAUAUGGCGAGAAUACUUAGUCAUUGAUAGUAGUGUACCUACAUUUGUCCACUAUCUCCUCUGGUACGGUGGUACAUUUUCAACAAAUCAGUGUAUAUAUAUAUAUUAUAUACCGCCUAGAAGAAAUGCCAGUUCUCUGGCGUAUAAGCUUCGUGCAUGGUCCGUACUAAUAUAUACCGUAUUCAUGUUGGAUGAUAAGGAGUGAUGCAUGAUUAACAUGUCCCAAUUUCAACAUGACCCAACAGUCAUUUCUUCAGAGGUUUAUGUGUACGUAGGUCAAUAUAAUCUUGCUGCACAUCCACGUCACCUUAUUCCACCACAGCUCAGCGAAUGUGCGUCGCCUGCAAAUGUGUUACCUACUUGCUCAUUCAACAAGGUUGCUGCGGAGAAAUAUCGCUGAAAGGGGACAAUCACGACAGAAGAGGAAUAAGUCUCCAGCCACUUUAUCUGGCAGGUCUCCAGCAUAAGAGAACGUGCUCAGCGCUUCUUAUUUUCGGAAAACAUGGAACUCAUCGUCUGGUUUGCCUUUAGUGUGAGUCGGUUCUUUGUCCACUCCCUACAGAACUUAUGGUGGAGAUACAAUGGCAUUACCAACACUCUGAAACUAACCCGGGCCGGAGAGUUGUACGAACAAUCCGCACAUAUUUUAGAUAUUCACUGGAGAUACAAAUGGGACGUCAUUCCGCCAACGGAGAAAUGCAGAUUCAUUGCUACCCACAAUCGCUUCGAACAUCCACGGUGUAUUCUAGCAGACGUCGUUUCUCUGAUUUACCUUGAUGAAAACGAGGCUCUUUUUGUCGAGACCCCACCCAACGUUGAUAUUUACAAUUCGGAUACCAAUCCCUUUGUAUAUAUGGCACAAUAUAAAUAUGCUAUCCGUUUAAUAGUAUUGCCAAUGGCAUCGUUUCACAAAAUUGCAGACGAAAUCGGUGAUCCAAAAACUGAUGUUCUUCUGCUUUCAAAUACAGGCCGAUGCGGUUCUACGGCAGUCACACAAAUUCUUGAGUCAGUGCCUGGUGUCUUAGCAAUGAGCGAACCAGAUGGUUUCACUUGUCUUCAAAAUGUGAUAAAAACGGUACAUCACGAGAAAGUCGACAGAUACGUACAGAGCGUGACACGAGUCACGUGUAAACCCUUAUCGAGCAACCCACGUCUUAUUUGUAUUAAAACCAGAUCUAUGUGUUUUUUACAUGCCGAUAAAGUGGCAAACAUCGCACCCGGCAUCAAGCAUUUAUUUCUGUACAGGGACGGGAAGGCGACCAUCCAGUCCUUUUACCACGCCUUCGGAAACGCACCAACUUUCACAUUUUGGCAUAGCAUGCUUACAAGUCGCCUUGCUCAUUGCAUAGUCCCAAAGCAGAGUCGGCAUUUGUGGAACUGGUUCAUUGACAUCGAAACCUACCCAGAGAUAAAUGACAAGGAAUUGAUGCUUCGGUCAUCAGUCGUUGGAAUCCUUGUGGGACACUGGUCGUGCUUGUGCGGAGCGUACAAGCGUUUCAAAGCCUCCGGUAUGGCGGUAAAGGCCUUUAAGUACGAGGACAUACUCGAGAAUCCCCGCCACGCAUGCGAGAGUUUAUUGGCAUACUGUGGAUUACCCAUGGAAUAUGCUGGGACCGCCUGUAAGGCCCUAAGCAAAGAUGCACAAAGGGGCAUGUAUAAAACAAGGACUGCUGCUGACGAACAGGGGGAUAAAUAUCAUAUUAAAUGGACGCCCCAGUUCCAGGCUGAGGCUGAUUUUUUCUGCGAUUAUGUUGGCGUCACACGAAUCGGCGAACCUACGGCUCUGCCAGAUACUAUUUCCUCGCUCUGAACGUGGUUGUACAAUUUAGAG